AUGCAGCAAAAAGAUAGGGAAUUUUACUACUCCAUAGAUGUGGAUAGUUUUGGUCGACUUCGUAAUGUCGUAUGGGUUCAUUCACACUCUAAGGUUGCAUAUGAGGAGUUCCAUGAUGUAAUAUGCCUUGAUACCACAUACCUUGUGAAUCGAUACAAUAUGCCAUUUGCUUCAUUUGUUGGUGUCAAUCAGCAUAGGCAAUCCAUACUUUUGGGAUGUGCUCUUAUGUCUAGUGAGGAUAUAAUAAGUUACAAAAUGGUGCUAUCUACAUGGCUUGGGGCUCUAAACAAUGUUCAUCCAUUAGCUAUCAUGACUGACCAAUGUGAUAGUAUAAAGGCUGCCAUCAGUGCUAUGAUGCCAAAUACAAUACAUAGAUAUUGUAUAUGGCACAUAUUCGCAAAGUUGCCUACGAAGUUAAGUGGAGUUCUUGAUGGUAAGAUUGCAAAGGCAGAAUUUAAGGCUUUAGUCCUUGAUAGCAUUAACGUUGCUGAGUUUGAGAGACAAUGGACUGAUUUUAUUGAAAAAUAUAACUUAGAGGAAAGGGAUUGGUUUUAUAAGCUUUAUUUGGAGAAGGAGAAAUGGGUUUCGGUAUACCUAAAUGGCCACUUUUGGGCUGGGAUGUUGUCCACACAAAGAAGUGAAGGAAAGCAUGCUUUCUUUGACGGAUUCAUCAACCGGCAGAGCACUUUGAAGCUAUUUGUUCAGCAAUAUGAGUUAGCCAUAAGAGCUAAGUUCGAGAAAGAAUUGGAAGCUGAAUAUAGGUCAAGGUGCUUUGAACCAAAAUGUUUAUCUGAAUUUGCAUGGGAGGAAAAAUUUCAAACAUGUUAUACUCGUGAAGUGUUUGAAUUUUUUCAAGUACAGUUAAGGAAACUGUACCACUGUGAAAUCAGCUCCCCUGAAGACCAUCAAGCAACAGCUGAGGUGGAGAAUUACAUUAUCUCAGAUUAUUCGUUCAGGAGUUUUAACACUAGAGAUCCAUUUGUAUUCGCGGUUGAAUAUACACCUAUUGGCGAAUAUCUAAGUUGCAGCUGCAAGUGGUUUUAA